AUGGCGAACGAAAUUAUGAGUGCUGAUCACAAGAUUUCUUCCAAUGCCUUUGGGUCUAACACCCAGAUCCAUCAGGGUGAUACCACAGUCAUCCACAACUACGGUUCAAACGCGUCGCGUAAAGCCCACUUCAUGCUUCCUUUCCCCCCCAAUGAAAAUAUUGUUUGUCGUCCAGAAAUUAUCGCCAAAAUUGACAAGCACUUAACGCGUUCUAAAGGCGGUCACUACUGCGGUGCCGCUCUAUGGGGUCUUGGAGGAUCGGGCAAGACUCAAAUAGCCCUCGAUUACGCCUAUCGCCGGAGCCAUGAAGAUCCUGCUUGCGACAUCUUCUGGGUGCAUGCUGAUAAUAAAACAAGUUUCACGAGAGAUUAUCAAAGAAUUGCGAGGAAUCUCGGCUUGGACUAUAAAGUCAACGGUGAGGAGCUGUUCGUCACCGUAUGUCACCGUAUUAGGUCGCUGCAGCGGUGGCUCUUGAUUCUCGACAAUGCAGACGAUUUGGCACUUUUCGGUGUUGGUGUUGGGGGUCAAAUCAAGAGCUUGUUCGAGUACAUACCACACGGUCCUGGAGGGACUGUUUUAUGGACUAGCCGGGAUGAACAAAUCGUUAGUCUGGUCGGCUCGUUACGAGGUGUUCAAAUCUCACAUAUGGGCAUCGAAGAGGCGGAAAGUUUACUGGCUAUGACAAGAAGAGAUGAUAUUGGAGCUGAUGAGAUCCAAGAAGCCAAACUAUUGCUUCAAGAGCUUCAGUGGCUCCCAUUAGCCGUCUUCCAAGCAGGUUCAUACAUGAGGAGGACUUCGACGCUUAUCAAGAAGUAUUUAUCAAAACUUCUGGAAGGGAAAAGCCGAUGGGAUAUGUUGAAACAGUCUCAGCAUGACAGACACAGGAGGCCGAAUGUAUCAAACAGUGUUCUUGAAACGUGGAAUAUUUCGAUCUCGCACAUUCGGAAAGAGAGCGAAAUAACUUACAAGGUCCUCCACACUAUCGCAUAUCUUGACAGCGAGAAAAUUCCAUUGUCACUUAUCCUCGCUGCAUCAAACGACAAUCAGCCAGGGCAAGAGACGUCAUCUCACAGCGAGGAGGAAGUGUUGAGAAUGAUCAUAUCUCGACUUAAGGAAUUUUCAUUCAUCAGCGAACGCAAAGAAGAAAACUGUGAUGAGCCAAGCUUCGAUAUGCAUAAGCUCGUACAAUAUGCCAUUCGAUUUCAACUUCACACAGAAGAUAUUACUCUAGAGACAUACUUUGCAACCGCUGCUCUCAGAGUCGUUACAAGUCUAUUCCCCAAAGAAAUCACGACAAAAACAAGGCGCGUAUGUGAGAAGUAUGCAACCCAUGCGAUACAGGUCAGCUUUUGGGCAGAUCUAUCUGAGCACGUUAUCACAACGUCUUCAUUCUUAAUAGACGUGGCAGUAUAUUUCAGCUUCUACGGAGCAUUAGAAAGGGGAGCAUACAUGGCGAAGAGGGCGGUCGACCUAUUGAAUAAUUAUCCCGUCAAAAUAUACCCCAAAAAUUGGAUAUGCAUCUUCUCCGUUUUCACCCUGGCACGUUUAGAGCAAGCCUUUGGCAAGGAUCAUCACUGCGCCAUUACCACCAAGGAGACUCUUGUAUGGAUAUAUCGUGAUCAAGGCCGGUAUAAGGAAGCUGAGGAGCUUCAAAUAAAAGGGCUUUCAUUUCAUCAGAAGCUUUAUGGGGAAAAAGAGAGAUGUACAAUUGAUGCUAUGGCAGAACUUGCAUCAAUAUACGCAGACCAAAAACGAUAUGAUGAAGCUAAAAAGCUUAAGAUCAAAACCCUAGCGUUGUAUUCUGAAGUUCUCGGUGAAAGGCACCCUGCGACAGUCGAUGCUAUGGGGAGCCUUGCAGAAACGUAUAUAUUGACAGGUAUGGUUGAAGAGGGUAAACGGCUUGAACUGGAAGCCAUGUCAUUGCUGCAAAAUGUGUCUGGCGAUAUACCUCCGCAUGAGCUUCGGCUCAAAUUUAACGAGAUGGCCACUAUUUGCGAAAUAAAGUCAGCCAAGCGUCGGGGUAUUUGGAGGCUGCUGGAAGUACUGUCGCCUAAAUUUAAGAAGGGAAGGCGGCCUUGGGUGCUUCUCAUCUUAUUUUGGGCCAGUAACGCAGCUUGCAUGUGGAAGAUGUUGGUAUUCUUAUGGGCACCUAGGUUGACGAAAGGAUACCCUGGUCAAGCACGUGAAUAUGUACCCAUAGUCGAAGCGAUACUCAGUCACAUCGUCUCACUCGCAUUUUGGAGGUUUGCUACCGUUUAA